AUGUCGGGCUUUCCGGAGAAUCCAUUCAUGAAUAAUACGCCAUCAUCCUCGCCUUCAAAAUCUGUAGAUGGUAAUAGAGUUCUUAAGCGUCCCUUAGGGAACAAUUCUAGCUCAUCUUUGCUUUCUUCACCUAGUCGACGAGCCAGAACUUCUGGAUCAGUCAUAUACGGUGAUCGGUUCAUACCUAAUAGGACAAGCAUUGAUCUCAAUAGUAUGAAAUCGAUAGGUAAUACUGCUAGUGUUCCCACAUUGAUUCCAUCGGUUACAGAAGAUCAAGUCGAGCUACAGAGGGAAAGACAAUCACGAGAAACUUUUGAUACUGUACUCAAAAACGAAUUAUUUGGAGAGAAGUUAUUAAGAGAUGCCAUUGGUAAAGAAAGCAGCAUAGAUCGAAUAAAAAACACAAAGCCAGCUAUACCUUGCUAUCAGAGUGCUGCUGCGACUGCUUCUGUUGAAUAUGAAGAAGAUAUGCCCACUACCCCGCCAGAUAGCGAUGAACGUCCCCAGUCAGCUCCUGUUACUCCGAGAAGAGCUCUCCCGCAAGGUCCGGAAGAAUCCUAUCGUCCCUCGAGUAACUCAAUGAGAGGUGCAAGUCUUUUGACUUACCGAGAACGUACUGGAACCAGACCUUCAACUACGUCUAUAUUACAGUCUCAUUUUUUUGAUUCAGCAUCACCUGUCCGCCCCGAAUCGAAGCAAUUAUUGUUAUCUCCGGGGAAAAAAUUUCGCCAAAUUGCGAAAAUUCCUUAUAGAGUACUGGAUGCGCCAUCCUUGGCUGAUGAUUUCUACUAUGACUUGAUCGACUGGUCCUCUACAGAUGUAUUGGCAGUGGCGCUAGGGAAAUCAAUAUUUUUGACUGAUAACAAUACAGGGGACGUGAUUCACCUAUGUGACACCGAAAAUGGAUUCACGAGUCUACGUUGGGUUGGAGCUGGCUCUCAUCUAGCUGUUGGACAAACCGAUGGAUUGGUUGAGAUAUAUGAUGUGAUAAAAAGGAAAUGCAUCCGGACACUCUCUGGUCACAUGGAUAGAGUUGCUUGUCUAACAUGGAAUAAUCAUAUUCUCAGCUCAGGUAGUCGAGAUAGGUCUAUUUUACAUAGAGAUGUAAGGGCGCCUGAUUCUUUCUUUGAGCGAAUCGAAACUCAUUCUCAGGAGGUUUGUGGUUUGAAAUGGAAUCCAGAAACUAAUAAAUUAGCAUCCGGCGGUAAUGAUAACGUGGUUCAUGUUUAUGACGGCACAAUCAAAACUCCUAUGUUUAGCUUUAAUGAACAUACAGCUGCUGUCAAGGCUAUGGCAUGGUCUCCCCAUAAGCGGGGGGUUUUGGCUACAGGCGGGGGCACAGCAGAUCGGAAAUUGAAGGUUUGGAAUACUAUCACUGGAAGCAAACUUUGUGAUGUGGACACUGGAUCGCAGGUUUGCAAUAUGGUUUGGUCCAACAACACUGAUGAAAUAGUGACUUCACAUGGAUAUUCGAGGUACAACCUUACAGUCUGGGAUUACCAAACAAUGGAUCCCGUGGCUAUCCUUAAGGGACAUAGCUUUCGUGUACUGCAUAUGACUCUAUCUGCAGAUGGAACGACGGUAGUUUCUGGUGCUGGUGAUGAAACUCUCAGAUAUUGGAAGAUUUUUGGUAAAGUGAAGGCAAAGACGAAUCCUAACUCUAUAAUUUUCAGUUCCCUUAAUCAAAUCAGGUGA